AUGUGGACCUACCUGCUGCAUCUCCUCUGCCCGCUACAACUUCUGCCUCACCUCCAGCACCAGAACACAUCCAGAUCGAUUCCUACCAUCCCACUUGCUGCCACAGAAUUACCACCUCAUUGGCCAUGGGACUGUGUCAUCGACCUGCUGCCUGGGGCCACACUACCCAAAGGCCAUAUUUACCCACUGUCCAUCCGGGAACAGAAGGCCAUGGAGGAGUACAAAGAGGAGGCUCUCAAACAGGAAUCCAUUCGUUCUUCUAUGUCUCCAGCGUUUAGUCCUGAGCAGCCGAUUGGAGCAGAGACUGUGGGCUUCUUAAGGAAACCGAGCACUAAUGAUAAAGUGCACUGUGUGGUGUUUGUAAUAGAUGGCUCUAAAGUCGGUUCAUACGCCAAAAGCUUUGCCGCGACUUUCCAGCAGUUAAGAGAACACAUUAGCAACUUAGUUGUACACCAGGUGGCGUUACUGACCCAUGUGGACCAGGUUUGUAACGCUACCGGAAGUGACAUUACCAAGGUUUACAAGAGCAAGGCCAUUCAGCAGGCGAUGGUGAAGGCUGGAGAGCUGCUGGGAAUGGCCACAUCCUACAUCGUCCCAGUGAAGAGCUACUGCUCAGAGCUGGAUCUGGAUGAAAACACUGAUAUUCUGCUGCUCAAAGCUGUUGAUCAUAUCUUACAAUAUGUGAAUCUGUAUUUUCAAGACGACAGCGAUUAAAGCAGAGCUUCUGAACUCUGGCCGUCCAGAUGCACUUUCCUGCAGAGUUUUGCUCCAGUCUCGAUCAAAUCUGCCUGCCUGUAAC